AGAAUACAGUAACAUAUUUGACUUUGCCACUCAAGAUCGCGAUUAAAUAACUGUGCAUCCCUCGCACGCAUGGUUCAUAAGACUAUUAUAAUUGAUCUUAAGCAGCUGAUGCGGGCAAGCAAGCAGGCAACAAACGCAAGAAAAUGGAGGGACUUUUUAAAGCUGUCUUUGUACUCCUAGUGGCACUUGUAUUCCUGCGGUAUCUCGGAUCUAACGAUCCCGUUCACAUUGAUCCUGUAAAUCCGACUGAUCCGAUCGUUUUACCCCCUGGGGUCCACCGCGACGUACUCAUUAUUGGUGGUGGUCUGGCGGGGUUGUCGGCGGCGUUGGAGCUGGCAGAGAGGGGUUAUAAUGUGACCGUGAAGGAGGCCAGUCCAAUGCUUGGAGGACGUCUUAAAUCUACUGAGGUCGACAUCUUGGGAGAAACGUUCAGAGUAGACCACGGCUUUCAUGCAUGGUUUUACAAUUACUACACAUUCAAGGAUAUACGGCACCGCUUAGGCAUCAACGAUAACUUUCAGAGGUGGGGAGCAAAUCACUUCCGGUUCAGGAACUAUAAGGAUGAGGUCAUGGAAAGUAAAGGACCCUAUCCUUUAAACGUUAUAGCCACGCUCCUGAAGAGCCCUAACUUCAAGGUGUCAGAUAUUUUUGACAUCGUGCGUAUAUCUGUUUUCUUUGCGUACUACAAUCACGACACCGUCUAUCAGAGAUAUGGAAACAUCACAUUUGAUGAAUGGACUGAAAUAGAAGGAGUGCCCACUUGGUUUGCUGAUACCGUGCUCCGCCCAGCUCUCUCCGUAACUUUUAAUGAGCGAACUGUGCUUAACGCCGCAGAGAUUCUGAUGUAUUCGCACUUUUAUUUCACUGGAGAUAGUAAGGCUGAUCAACGUUCGAUAGCCACAGUGGACCAUCGUACUGCUGUCUUUGACCCGUGGGAAAGGAGACUAAAGUCACUCGGCGCUAAGGUAGAGACGAGUGCUCCUGUCUCUGAUCUAAGGUUCGCUAGCAAGGAUAGCCUGGUGUCAGGGGUAUUACCUGGAGCACAAAGGUCAUAUGAUCAUGUGAUCUUAGCAGCCGACUUAUCGGCCGUAAAAACGAUCUUUACCGAAACCAGCCAAAAAUUUCCGCGCAAUGAACACAUGGCCUGCAUCCAAAACAGGCUCCAGCAACUUCACAUGGCGCCGUCGUACAAGGUUAUUAGGGUGUGGUUCAAUAAACAGAUCUCGCCAUCACAUCCCGCCAUUUUACAAACGUCUGAGUACCAUCCAAUCAACUUGGUCGUACAGUAUCACCUGAUCGAGAAGAAAUCACGUGAGUGGAGUCUGCGGACUGGUGGAUCUAUCAUUGAGUUUCACCUGUACGCUUGGUCGUACGGCGACGUGAAGGACGAGGACGUGUGGGACACUGUUUCACCUACCGUGAGGGAAAUCUAUCCCGAAAUAUUUGUCGAGGAUUUCAAAAGGUUAGGUCAGUUUGUCCAUUCGGGGACGAACUUUGCGUCGUUCCCGUCCAGUCUCGAGCACAUCCGACCAACUGUUACUUUCCCAUCCGAGUGCGGCGUGACGAAUUUGAACUUUGCGGGCGAUUGGUUGCACACCGAUUACCCCUCAGCCCUAAUGGAACGUGCCGUGUCGACGGGUAGAAUUGCAGCCAAUCAGGUGCUUCUCUCAGAUCACGUGAGGCAGGUUCCUAUGCUUGUAGCGAGUAAUUACGGACCAGGAUAUAUAUGAUCGUCCGUAGUAUAUAUACUAAAACUCUAAUCAGGGUAGUUGUGUGUAAUAGUCGGCUCCAAAGAACUUUAAUCAUCAAGUCAAGUGUCAUGUUUUGACAAUUAUUUAAAACAUGUGCCCGUUUAUAAGAAAAAAUGAUUUUGGAAUCUAGGCCUACGACGGAACGAAAGGAAUAUUUCAAUAUAUUUAUAAACAUGGAAAUACUAUUAACAAAACGAGUAACAACUAAUCAUGAUAUGAUAGGUUGUUCUAGGUUGUUGGGAAGUUGUGUAGUAAUUUAUUGAUUUCGUCAUCUUCAGAUUGUUUUAUGAUUUCGAAUCCUUGCCCUUUGCCUUUAGCCCUUUGAUUAUUUUGUGUACUACAUUUUCUUCAAUUUUAAGCUCCUUAAAACAGACCAUUGAUACAAAUGAGCAAUGCCAAACGGAGAGUACUGGGGCUAGAUUAAGCCUAUAAGUUAAUCCCACAAUAUGGAGAAGGUAAUGAAGAGAAAGUUGAGUUCUGGGGAGAGUGGGUGAAAAAUAAUUUGUGAACAUUAUCAUUGUUGAUAUAUGCUAGUGUGGAAGAACAUCAGAUACAAAAAUAUUCCCUGAAAAGCAUAGCUCUUCAAAUGCCUCCAUAUUCUAAAUAUGACAAGGAACAGCUUAAAAAGAGGCCUAAUUUGUAUGCCACAUGCUUUUUAGUCCCAUAUAUACAUCGUUCUGUGUACAGUGCUUGUUCCUUUACCAAGACUUGGCAAAAUUUCUUAUAAUUUUGAUCACUCCAGAACCUUGCAGCUAGUACACACCAGUAAUUUGUAUAUGCUGUACAAAUCCGUUUCCCCCUGAUCGAUUCCACACCAUUUCUUUCACAAUACAAUCGCAUGCCCAGAACUCAACUUUACCUUUAAAGUGAC